GUCCUGAGGAUUUGUUUGAAUUUCUAUUUCCCUUUUCUCCUCUUCUUUUUCCUUUUUUUUUUUUCUUUUAUACCCAGUCUAUAGACAACCCCCAUUUUUUUUAUUGUAAAUAUAUUUGUAACAUUAUCAUGAAGGAAUAUCAACGAGAAUUCAUUGAAUUUGCACUUGCCAAUCAAGUACUCAAGUUUGGUUCAUUUGUAUUGAAGUCAGGCCGAGUAUCACCUUAUUUUUUCAAUGCAGGUCUGUUCAAUAGUGGCAAGACAUUAGGAGCGAUUGGUCGGUUCUAUGCAGCAGCAUUGGUAGAUGCUGGCUUCAAGUACGAUGUGCUGUUUGGUCCGGCUUACAAGGGGAUUCCUUUGGUGUGUGCGACAGCUUUGGCCUUGACCACUGAUUAUGAUCAAGAAGCACCAUUUGCUUUCAAUCGUAAGGAAAAGAAGGAUCAUGGUGAAGGAGGCAGUAUUGUUGGUACGGCUUUGCAAGGUCAGAUCGUGGUGGUGGAUGAUGUGAUCACGGCUGGUACGGCUAUCAAUGAAUCGAUCGAAAUCAUUCGCAACAACAAUGCUCAUUUGGCUGGUGUCCUGGUCGCUGUGGAUCGUGCUGAAGUGGCUCCCGAUGGAUCUGGUAAAUCUGCUAUUCAAGCCGUUCAAGAAAAGAACAAUAUCCCUGUGCGUGCUAUCAUCACCAUGGAUCAUAUCAUGGAAUUCAUGGAAGAAAAGGGUACCUACAACCAAGAAUUGCAAUUGAUGAAGGAAUACAAGGCUCAAUAUGGUAUUAAGAAUGAAUAGAUCAUCCCUUUUUUUUUUUUAAUGUAGUAUGAUUCUUCCCUUUUCUUAGCUUUUUAGUUUAUGUAUAUAACAUUUAUAAUGAAUAAAAU